AUGUACUUCACGGGACUUCUUCCUCUGACUGGUAAAACAGCAAAUGCUCUAUGUUGGCUGCUUAUGAUAUUUUUGAGGAAUUUUCUGACAGAGACUGCAGGGCAGACACCACCAAGAGGCUUUAGAUAUGCCUCUUAUGAAGUAACCAUCCCAAGGAAGCUGACUCCUAGAUAUGGACAGCGCCAACACCGAGAUACGACCUACUUUUUGCAAAUUGAAGGGGAAAGCUACUUUCUGUAUCUCAGGCAGAAAAGGGGCUUGGUCCCUAAACAUUUUCCCGUCUUCACUUACAAAGAGGAUGGGGAUCUCCAGGUGGACCAUCCAUUCAUCAGAGACAACUGCUUCUACCAUGGUGUUGUGCAGGGCAAGCCUUCUUCUCUGGUCACACUCAGCACUUGCUCAGGAGGACUCAGAGGUAUCUUGCGAUUAAAAAAUGAAACAUAUGAAAUUGAACCUGUUCCAGCAUCUGACACCUUUCAACAUGUGGUUUAUCGCUUGGAAGAAGAAGAAGGUAUCCAUAUGAUGUGUGGACUGACAGAAGAAGAGCAAAAACUUCAAGAGGCUAUGAUGCAGAACACAGAGAAUGAAACAGUAGAAAGUGAUUUCAAGAAAAACUGGUGGGCACACACUAGGUAUGUGAAGUUGGCAGUUGUGGUGGAACAUGAACGAUUUGUGAAGUUUGACAAAAAUGAAACACUUACUACUCUACAUGUUCUGAAUGUUAUCCAUACUGCAAAUUCUCUGUAUGACUCACUUCCUCUUAGAUUGUCUCUAGCUGGGCUUGAGAUCUGGUCCAUCAAGAAUCUCAUAGAAAUUGCUGACACCAUUAAUGACACACUAUUGUCAUUUACACGCUGGAGAAGAGACUCCCUUGUUCAACGUCUACAGAAUGAUGCUGGUCACUUAUUUGUAUAUAAGAGAUUUGGAACUAUAUAUGGAUCGGCAUACCUAGGAACAAUUUGUGAUAAGCAUUGGGGAUCUGCUGUGGAAUCAUAUAUGACUUCCAGUUUAUUUCAUUUUUCGAAUACAUUUGCUCAUGAAUUAGGUCAUGUUCUUGGUAUGAAACAUGAUAGGAAAUACUGUAAUUGUGAUCGAGUUGCCUGUAUUAUGUCUGCAGUUCAGGCACCUACUGAUCAAUUUAGCAAUUGCAGUUAUAAUUAUUAUUUCAAACUAACAAAUUUUUAUUGUUUGUUAAGUCCACCAGACUUUGAAAAAAAGGAUAAAGUAAAAUAUUGUGGCAACAAAGUGGUGGAAAAAGGUGAGCAGUGCGAUUGUGGUUCAAAAGCUGAAUGUGAGUCAGAUCCAUGUUGUCAGUCUAACUGUACUCUCCAUUCUGGUGCCAGUUGUGCUUUUGGACAAUGCUGCGCCAACUGCCAGUAUCUCCAAGCUGGAUCCAUUUGCCGAGAAAAAACUAGCAUUUGUGACCUGCCUGAGUACUGCAGUGGAACUUCAGUAUGGUGUCCUGAAGAUAUUUAUGUACAAGAUGGUACCCCAUGCUAUGACAAUACAUUUUGUUAUCAUGGAAACUGCAGUACUCAUAAAGAACAAUGUAAAAUGAUCUUUGGCAACAAAGCAAGAGUUGCUUCAGAAAGUUGUUUCAGAGACCUUAAUGUUCAAGGUGAUCGCUUUGGUAACUGCGGACGUACAUAUGGAACUUAUAAUAAAUGUGAUACUAGGAAUAUCCUAUGUGGCCGAAUCCAAUGUGAUAAUGUGGAUGAAAUACCUUUUUUGAAGGAGCACCAUACCAUGAUUCAGUCAUCGACUCUCAAUGGUGAAUGUUGGGGUAUAGCCUACCACAAUGGAAUGGACUCAGCUGACAUUGGAGCAGUGAGGGAUGGCACUCCUUGUGGCACUAACAUGAUGUGUAUUGAUGGGAAAUGUGUGAGUGUCUCCCUCUUAAUGUAUGACUGUAAUGUCACGAAAUGUAACAACCGGGGAGUAUGCAACACUUAUAAACACUGCCAUUGUGAUUAUGGCUGGUCCCCUCCAAACUGUCUAUAUAAAGGAUAUGGUGGUAGUACUGAUAGCGGACCUGCUCCAUUACAGAAGCGCAUCAUCAAAUUCAGUAAAACACAAAUUAUUAUAGGAAUAAUAUUUCUCAUUUUCUGUGUUGCUUCUUGGGUUGGAACCGUGUUAGUCCUUUCUGCUGCUGUUUUAUGGGCUGGCCUCCAUCUCUAUUUCAAGAAUCAGCUGAGCUAUUAUCCUAAAGACUUUAGUCCAAAAAUUCACCCUACAGGGGCAGGUUCUGACAGCUUGGGUAAGAGAAGCUAUCACAGGAGAUUUGCCUUUUGUUGA